AUGACAAAUUACAAUAGUUGUGGACAAGCAGGCUAUGUUGGGAGUGUGAGAAAUCUGUCCCCGGGAGGACGAAUACUCGGUGGCGAAAGAGCGGCCGAACGUGCAUGGCCUUGGCAGGCACUCAUCACAUCUUACAAUAAAAUUCUCCUGGAUGCAUUUGACCAGGUUAUGGGAGGAGGAAGUUUAAUUAAUAGCAAAUGGGUUUUAUCUGCUGCUCAUGUGUUUGAGGCAUACAGUGGAUUGAGCUGGGAACAAGGAAUUAUGGUUUCGCUUGGUAAAUUUGAUUUUUUUAAAUACUCCUGA